UACAUAAAGAAGUUGAAGAUAAUAGAAAAAAAUUGAGACCAAUCAUAAAAUCAAUACUGUUUUGUGGACAACAUGAUAUUGCCCUUAGAGGAAACACUGCUAAUAAAGGUAAUUUUGUUGAUUUAUUGAAAUUUCGGAUUGAUUCAGGUGAUAAUAUUUUGUCAAAUAAUUUUGACACGGCCUCUGGGAAAUCCAAAUAUGUAUUACAUAGAAUUCAAAAUGAAAUUAUUCAAGUCUGUGGUCAAGUAAUUCGUAAUGAUAUUGUAUCCCAAGUCAAUAAUUCAUUUGCAUUUUCUUUACUGGCUGAUGAAACAGCAGAUAUUGCAGGAAAGGAACAGUUAUCUAUUGGUGUAAGAUAUAUUGAUAUAAAUUAUGUAGUGCAUGAAGAAUUUAUUGGAUUUAGUGAAAUACAUAUUUUAAAUGCAGAAGGUAUAUCAAAAAGUAUAUUAGAAUCAACAGAAAAAUAUGGUUUAAAUAUGUUGAAACUUGUUGGCCUAGGUUUUGAUGGUUGUUCAACCAUGAGUGGUAAAGAAAAUGGUGUACAGACAAUUAUACGAAAAAUAUAUCCAACUGCUUGUUAUUUUCAUUGUGCUUCACAUAAGCUUAAUUUAGUAGUUAACGAUCAAAAUUCAAUUCCUGAAAUCAGAAAUACUAUUGGUACU